AUGAUUUACUACAGUACGAUAGGGCCGGAGAGAUUAGGGCUGUCCCAGCGGGUGGUGAAGGCGCCAAGCGACGGCGAUCAUUCGAUCAAACAGCCCAUUCAAAAUCUCAAACUUGUUGGCCGACAACUGAAAAGGCCCCAGGACGAGCUUGUGAUGGACGCUGGUGAUUUGGUGUUGGAUGGUGGUGGUGGCGGCGGUGGAGGUGGUGGUGGUGGUGGUGCUGGCGGUGCUGGCGAAGCUGGUGUUGACGACGGUGUUGGCGGCAACAACGGUGGUGGUGACGACGAGGACGACGGGAAAGGCGACGGGAAAGGCGACGGCGACGGUGUUGACGUUGUUGUCGGUGUUGACGGCGGCGGUGGUGGCGGCGCGCGCGGUGGCGGGAGUCCCGACAAACGCCGACUGGAGAGUGGAUAG